AGGGUGACGUCAGAUGGGUCAGCCGUCAGGCGGGAUGGGAGCGCGGACAUCGCGGCGCGCCGCAAUCUUUGUCGAACAGCAGCGGGAUGAGCGCGCGGAUGCUGUGGCUGGUGCUUGUCUGCGCUUCAGUGGCGCAUGCAGCACGCAUCUUGGCCGUACUACCAACUAACACGAAAAGCCACUAUGCGAUGUACGGCCGCCUCAUCGAUGCUCUUGCCCGGAAGAACCACCAGUUGACCGUCAUAACACAUUUCACAAUGAAAAAUCCACCGACCAACGUGGAAGAGAUCAACUUAGCUGGUACGAUACCUGAAAUUACCAAUAACCUAACUAAACAGCAUACUUCCUUGAAACCAGAUGCCGUACGAAAUUUGGAACAAAUUAUGAAAGAAUGUGUUCACGCUUGCGAAGUUGUUUCACAAAACCCUGCCGUGAAAGCGCUGGUCAAUUCGUCAAAAACUUUCGAUUUAGUUAUAGUUGAAGUUUUUGGAAGUGAAUGUUUUCUACCCUUUGGUACUAGAUUUAAAGCUCCAGUUGUUGGGCUCCUAUCGAGCGUACCUCUUCCAUGGGUCAACGAGCAAUUGGGUAACCCAGAAGGAACAUCAUACAUACCAGCGUAUAUGUUGGGUUUUGGACAAAGUAUGAAUUUAUGGGAACGUUUUGUUAAUACCAUAGCUGUUAUUUACUCCAAGAUUAACUACAAGAAUAAGUCCCAGCAACCUUCACAGAUAAUUGCUGAUCGUUUAUUUGGUCCUGGGCCUAAAUUGGAAACAUUAGCACAAAACUAUAGUCUAGUUCUUGCCAACAGCCAUUUUAGUAUCAAUGAAGUACGACCAUUAGUUCCUGCUUUGAUAGAAGUUGGAGGAUUGCACCUUGACAAUUCACAAGUGUUGCCAAAGGAAUUAAAGCGACUCUUAGACAACUCACAUGAAGGCGUAAUAUACUGGAGUUUUGGUUCUAUGUCACGAAUUGAAACUAUACCCAGUAAGAAAUUGGCACAGAUUUUCACAGCUAUAUCUGAACUAUCUCAAACUGUUCUCGUGAGGAUGGACCGCCAAUUGCUUGCAAGGAAUCUCACCGUUCCAGACAACGUAUAUACUAUGGACUGGAUACCUCAAUAUAAGACCUUAUGUCACCCAAACGUAAAACUGUUUAUAUCUCAUGGGGGUCUACUAGGAACACAAGAAGCGGUAGCGUGUGGCGUUCCAACGCUUAUGGUGCCCUUGUAUGCUGAUCAGGCCUUGAAUGGACGCGCCAUGAGCGAUCGUGGCGUCGCAAGGAUAAUUUCCUUAAAGGAUUCAUGCACAGAUACAUGGAGGGAAACAUUCUACGAUUUACUUACAGAUAUUAGGUACAAAGAAAACGCGCUUAAAUUGAGAGAUAUUUUCCUCGACCGGCCCUUGCCGCCGCUGGAGACCGGAAUCUACUGGAUCGAAUACGUCCUAAGACAUAGAGGGGCUGGACAUCUGCGGUCACCGGCUCUCGACUUAUCAUACACACAGUAUCUUUUAUUAGACGUGUUAGCUCUCAGCAUAGCUAUCACCUCGUUGGCUAUUUACAUCCUCCAUAAACUAUUUCGAUAUUUAUGUACACGUUGCAUUCGGUGGUGGCCCAAAGACAUAGUCUUAGAGAAGAGACUCUUCAGACGAAAUAUUAGUCUAUUUCAUUGUUUUCUUUGGAUAUACAAGGUGAAAACGAAUUAACGAUAGUUAGAUUUAAUUAACGUCAAUUUUAUCGUCAAUUCGUUGUCCAACACUAGUAUGUACGUUGUAAAUAAUAAUAUGUAAGAUAUUUAUUAUUUUCCCCUGUGACAUAUCAAACACAAAUGUUUAUGUGAGUUUAUUGAAUGCAACAAAAGAGUAACAUAGAACUAACCGAUUCAAAUAUCUCUAUCUAAAUGUUUUAUAAAUGUGUUCCGAAAAUAAUGUAUGUAUGUAUGUAUUACGAAAAUUAGUCAUCGGAUAUUGUGUGAUGUAACGGAGAUAAUAUAAGUGUUCAAAUUAGAAUAAUAAUAAAAAAUAA